CCAUAAACAUCCAUAAGCCAGCGGUUUUGUUUAAAUUUGCUGAGAAGUAAAACGCUUAAAUGGCUCAAGCCCAAGAAUUAAAAUCAGUUGUCAAGGAGACAUUGGAAAAUAAUGGUGUCCUUGGAGAGAUCAAAGCAAGAGUCAGAGCUGAAGUCUUCCGGGCCUUGGAUGAUCCAAAUCAGAGGAAACCACCACUCAGCAAUGAAAACAUGCUCAUCAAUGAACUCAUCAGAGAGUAUCUAGAGUUCAACCACUAUAAAUAUACAUCAUCAGUACUACUAUCAGAGUCUGGGCAGCCCACUACUCCACUAGAUCGCCAGUUUUUGGCCACUGAGCUCAAUCUAGUAGAAGACAAAAAUACAUCUAGCAUACCUCUCCUGUAUGGGAUACUUUCACACUUCAUCCAUGGUCAAGGAAGAGGUUCUUCAGUGAGCCCCGCCCACCAAUCAUCAUCACAUCAAUUGAGAUCACUUCAUGUCAGGUCAGAUCGUCACAGGACAACAAGAUCAGAUGUUCCUCAUCAUUCUGAUGUGAGGGUAGGAGAGCCGUUCACAUUCAGCAACAAGACAAGAUGAUAUCUAGUUUCACAUAGUUUCAACUUGUGACAAAGCUCUGUUUGCAUUGGUCUGAUUAAAGAAUUUACCGGUCCUUAUGCUGUAAGUUGUUUGUAUCAUAUUGUCAACAUGAAAUGGAAGACUUGAAACAGGGACUUUUCUUUCUUACGUUUACAAUCCACUGCCUAAUUUUCAUAAUGGUCAGUAUGGCUUAAUGUCAUCUUGCAACAAUGUGUGGAUUGGUUUGUUGAUGAACUGAACACAGUCCUAGUUGUUGGAGCUGUUAAUAAUGUCGGAUUACAGACAUGGAACAAGAAAGACUGGGAAUUCCUACUUGGAACAAGAGUUGAGACAGAAGAUACUGAGUUUAACAAUCACCCUCAAAAACCCUACAAAUCUUGUAGGGUUUCGAGGCAAUCUGGACAUCAUUUGGGAAAAUCUGAGACACUAUUUUUCUCCAUUUGCAAGUAUGAAGAAAACUCAAUACAAAAAAAAAUAGUUCAUGUAAGCUACAUUUCACAUUAUAGUCAAUGUAACCAAACAUAAAAUUCAGUCCUCCAGUCACAGGGCCCAAAACUUCAAAGUGGUAGUCAAGUUUUCUUGGAAAGUUUACCUCAAAUUUUCACAAUUUACUCACUUAAUUGCCAGUUUAAAACUAAGUAGGAUAUAUUUAGAGAUAUAUUUUCCAAACAUUCAUAUGCUUUUUUUUCUUAUCUGAUUUCUUUCUCCUUUCAAACUUUCACCUGCAUAUUUUUCAAAUAGCUUUUGUCUCACCUGCAUAGUAGUGAGACUAUAGGCGCCGCUUUUCCGACGACGGCGGCGUCGUCAACAUUGAAAUCUUAACCUUGGUUAAGUUUUUGGAAUGUCAUCAUAACUUAGAAAGUAUAUGGACCUAGUUCAUGAAACUUGGCCAUAAGAUUAAUCAAGUAUUACUGAACAUCCUGUUUGAGUUUCAAGUCACAUGAUCAAGGUCAAAGGUCAUUUAGGGUCAAUGAACUUCAGACAAGUUGGGGGUAUCUGUUGAAUUACCAUCUUAACUUUUAAAGUUUAUGGAUCUGAUUUAUGAAACUUAGACAUAAGAGUAAUCAAAUAUCACUGAACAUCUCAUGCGAGUUUCAGGUCACAUGACCAAAGUCAAUGGUCAUUUAAGGUCAUUGAACUUUGGCCAUUUUGGAGGUAAUUAUUAGAUUGCUGUAGUAACUUUCAAAGUUUAUAGAUAUAGUUUAUAAAAUGUGGAUAUAGGGGUAAUCAAGUAUCACUGUUUUAGGUUGCAUGAUCAAGGUCAAAUGUCAUUUUUUGCCGAUGAACGUAGUAAUGUAUCAUUAUAUGAAUGGUGUUUUUUUGUUAAUAAUUAUUUUAUAGUAGUUUUCAAAGUCAGCACUGCUGCUAUAUUGAAUCGUGUGAUGCAGGUGAGACUGCCAGAGGUGCUCCACUUGUUUUUAAUUUCUUCCAACAAAUCAUAAUUUUUACCAGGCUGUUUUCAUUGAGUGUAAUUAAUUGAAAAUGCUCACAAGGUUAUUUUUUUUAUUCAGUGUACUAAUCAUAUAUAUUUCAUCUUUGUUAGCCUAUUGCUCGAGACUACUUUUAAUUUUCAGACGAUUUGUCAACUAGAUUUUCUAAUUCAUGUGAUCAACAUUUUUAUGUUAUACAAUGUAAUCAAACAAGAGAUCUAUCAUAUUGCUGUGAGCAAAUGAACUGUGCUGUUUGAGUGUAUAAAGCUCUGACUUUAAAUAUGCAAUUCAACCAUCUGAUAUGUAUCUUCUUGAAAUGACAUCUCAAGUUUCGAACAAAUACAUUCUCACACUUUCCAAAUGGAAAAAAAAAAGAAGUUUAUAAUUAUGUUUUUGAACAAAGUUUCAGUGUUGCCUCAAUAAACAAGUGAUGUGAGGCUAAGUUCUAAGGAGAAAAAAUUGUAGCUUUUUUGUGUUGGUUACUAAAAUAUAUGAUGAUACACAUCAUAGUGCCUUUUUUUUUUCAAGUGACAUUUUUAUAAUUUUUUUUCAUCUUGAAAUCCUUUCCCAAAAUGUGUAUUCCCGAUAGUUCAAUAUGUUUCCUUGUUUUAUUUUAUUACAAAAUUUGAUAAGAAAAUGAAAUCAGGAAUUCUAAACCAAAUGCUGAUAUGAUACAAGGGAACUAUAUCUGUGGAUAAAAAGUUUAAUAUUUUAAGUAGUAUGUGAGUGUUUGAUGAAGAUAAACAGUUGUGCAUUUUAAGUAAAUGGGAUUGUUAGAAAUACUCUCCCUCUCUCUGGAAUGCAAGUACAGUAUUUUCUACUUUGAAAUUUAGGAUUUAAGGAAUUGACAAAUCAAAAGUUAUAAAGAUUGAAAUAUAUAUACAUAUUUUACAAACGCAAAUCAUUUU